GAGUGGGCGUGGAGCAGGCAGUACAGUGCUGCCGCCGCUGCCGGGUGUCUGAGCCGCCGGCGCCGCGCACCUCAGUCCUCCCCCGGGACCGGCCGCAGCAGCAGCAGCAGCAGCACCUCCCCGCCAUGGGGGAUCCCGGGCCGUGACACGGAACCAGAGCCCAGCGCAGCAGCAGCAAGAGGAGGAGGAUGGCGGCUUCCAAGGAGCGGCUGUACGAGCUGUGGCUGCUGUACUUCACCAAGAAAGAUCUGAAUUACUUGCAGCAGUGGCUGGAAGCUUUCGUCACCAACUUUGAAAAGAUAAUUACGGUGCAGACCCUGGAGCCUAGAAGGCCAGAAGACAAUGCCUCGGAGAUCCCAGUCUUACCCCGAGACGUCCUACAAGUCCUGAGCCAGCAGUUGGGAGACUGUGCCGCAGAUAUAAAGGCCAAUGUGAGCUUGAACCAGGCUCUCCGUCUCCUCAAAUUCUUCAUCAUCAUCAGCAGGAACUUGGAGAAUGUGGAGAAGGAGCGGACCCCGGUGUUUGUGUGUGAGGUGAUCCAUCUCCUGACUGCGUCUGCCAGUGAGCUGAAGAGGCAGACUACUGAGGAUCAGAGACCGUCUCUGACAGAGGAGGUGAUUAUCUACGCUCUGCACCUGUGCGAGUGUCUCUUUGACCCCUACCAGACAUGGAGGAGACAGCUUGGAGGGGAAAUUGUCAGCGCAAAAGAAAAGAGUAAAUACAAGUUUUCCCCGGCGGCGCUUCCUCCGGAGUUCUGCACUUUUUUUCACGAUGUUUUCCACAAUGGGGACGAUCUCCCCGAGACAGUCAGACUGCGGCUUGUCCAUCUGUAUGGGGCCAUUAUUACUGGCUCGAAGAGCAAUGCGCUGGUCCUCAUCACUCAGACCUCCGUGGAUGUCCUUAUGUUGGUCUUACAGAGCUGGUAUGUCCGCCAGGAUGCCAGGGACCCUCGGGUACUGCAGCUGGCACUGGAAUGUCUCAUUGGCAUGAUUCACAUUUUGCAUGGCAGCAACCCCAGGCAGCGGAGAGUGGAGAUCAGAUACAUCCUGGACAGUUAUUUCAAGGUCCUCAACUGCGACCGACCCCUGUGUUCUGUGGAGGGGCCACACUGGGAGGAAGGACUCCUGUCCCUGCGUAUCGGCAUGCUGCGCGCCAUCCCGGAGAUGCUGAGAUGCAGCGACCGGCCCGUCCUACAAGCCGUGUUCCUCAGCAAUAACUGCUUUGAGCACAUCAUCCGGCUCAUUCAGAACAGCAAGCUGUAUUUGAGCAGCGGUCUCCGGCCAGAGGAGAGUGGGAAUGAUCUGACCACUAAGUUACUGACUGAGCAUGAUAUCAUGAAGGUGUUGGACAGCGAUUCGGAUGCCAUCACCGUCAAUGCUAUUGGUGUCUUGACUUCAAUCAUGAGGAAUUCUCCAUCAGCCAAGGAGGUAUUUAAAGAGCGAAUCGGCUACGCGCAUCUCUACGAGGUUCUGAAGAGUCGCUGUCAGCCGACCAAACGUCUUCUCCAGCAGCUUCUCAACAUGGCCAUGGAAGGUGCUCACACCUCAGACUCUAUUGUUUGUAUACAAAACGAGCAGCCGCUGCUAAUCCUGGUUCAGUGGAUCCCGGAACUGUCUCCGAGAGAUCUCCAGAUCUUGGUGUCCGAGUGGCUGAAUGACAUCUGCGACUCCUCGCUGCGUAACUGCAUGACUUGUGUCCAGGCCGGGAUGGUCGGCCAUAUCCUCACGGCUCUCCGCAGCGAGAAGGAGUUAGACGGGAAAUGCGCGGACAACCUCGUUCAUCUCCUGCAGGUGCUGGGCCGUCUCUCUAUCAGGCCCAGUGAGCUCCGCCACCUUCUCAUGCUGCUCAGGACUGAGGGACACUGCUGCCACCGCUAUGCGGCCCAGGUCAUCCGGGCCCUCUCUUCCAUGGCCAGACAGGAUGGGCCAGAGAGGGCGCUGCAGUAUUUUGACUUGACCCCCGGUAUGUCUGGUAUCAUGGUCCCAGCCAUGCAGAAAUGGCCGGGCACUGGCUUUGCCUUCCAUGCCUGGGUCUGUCUAAUCGAUGAUGUCAGAGAGCAGUCGCUGACGGGAAAGAGGCGCAAGCAGCUAUACAGUUUCUUCUCAGCCAGCGGGACGGGGUUCGAGGCUUUCUUCACCAUGGACGGUAUGCUGGUUGUGGCUGUCUGCACGAAGAAAGACUACAUGACCGUGGCACUGCCCGAGCUGCACUUCAAUGACUCCAUGUGGCACUGCGUGGACAUCGUGCACGUGGCUGGGCGCCGUCCUUUUGGGCAGAACAUGGUGAAUAUUUAUGCUGACGGGCUGCUGAGGAAGGUGUCGCAGCUCCGCUUUCCGUCACUCAAUGAGUCUUUCACCUCUUGCUGUAUCGGGUCAGCCGGUCACCGCACAACCACCACUGUCUCCACCUCUCCAUCCCAUACCCCGGACCUCACCUUUGCAUCCCACUCAGCGCUCAGCCGCUCCCAGUCCUUCCCAGCCACCUCCGUUGGGCAAGGGUGGGGGCUGGGCGGCGGUGCGCAGAACCCGCGGGAGGGCCUUGUGUCUACCAUUGUGGCGGGAACCCAGGACACAGAGUGGGGGACACCUACGUCAUUAGAAGGUCACCUUGGCACCGUGUCCAUCUUUCAUGACACCAUUCAACCAGCUCACGUGAAGGCCCUCUAUGAAGCUGGACCGAACUAUGUGUCUCCAUUUACACCAGAGAGUGAGUUUUCUGAGCUUGGGGCCAAACUUCGUCUUUUCUACACUCCACAGGCUUGCAGGAAUAACAUCUGCUUGGAUCUUUCUGCCCGCCAUGAAUUUGAUGGGAGGCUGACGGGACACAGAGUCGUCACAUGGAACGUGAAGGACGUGGUGAAUUGUGUCGGAGGAAUGGGGGUGCUGCUUCCCCUCCUCAGCCAGGUAGCGUCACAGACCCAAGAAGCACCUGACACUCCAGAGACGCACGACCUGGUGGGCCCUGAACUGACGUCCUCCCGGAAUGCCCAGUCCAUGCAGCUUCCUCUGGGGAAGUCUUCUGAGAGCAGAAUAGAGAGGAACGGAGUGGCCGCGUUCCUGCUCAUGGUGAAGAACUUUAUACGAAAUCAUCCAGCCAACCAGGAGAGCUUACUGCAGUGUUGUGGCCCCGCUAUCAUUGGCGCCCUCCUGCAAAAGGUGUCUCCUCUCACACUGGACAUGAAUGUGCUGAUGGCCUCUCAGAUGCUGAUGGACCAGAUCUCAUCACAAGGUCACAACUUGCUGCUACACUACCUCUAUCAGCAUCUGCUCUUUGACUUCCGAAUCUGGAGCAAUAGUGACUUUGCCGUCCGGCUUGGUCACAUCCAGUACCUCUCUUCCAUCAUGAAGGACCACAAGCAGAGAGUACGGAGGAAAUAUGGGGUGCAGUACAUCCUGGACUCUGUCAGGAGGCAUUAUGGGAUGCAGAAGGAGGAUCAGAUCACUGUGGACAAUGUGAAGACUGUCCAGAUGUCUCUGUUCACUCUGAUAAAGGAUUUCCUCUCUAAGAACCUCUGUCCUGAGGAUCUGCACAGCGUGCUGAACUACACGGCGACCGUGAACGAUGAGGCACAGGUGUGUGGCAUCCUGGACGUCCUCCACAGUCUCUUGAAGGCAAACAUCAGCAACGAUUAUCUCUUCAUGUUCCUGCUUGACCAAGGCAACGUUGAGGUCUUCUACUUCCUCCUUGCCCAGAAGAAGUUCUCCGAUCAGAUGAGGGAGAAAUUGUUCAAGAUUAUCUACAAGUUGAUCAAGUAUGAAAAAGUCAACGAGCGGCUCAAAAGUCGCCUGAAGCUGAGGGACAUUGGAUAUCAGGGUCUGAUCUCCUUCCUAAGUGACGUUCCGGUGUCCAUGCUGCUCAUCCGAUGUCUCUCGGAACAGGUUCUGGGCUCGGAUUUAUCACCUAAUUAUAAAGACCUUCUAGCUGUGGUUUACCUGUCGCACAGGGCGGAGCUUUCGGUGAAGCUGGAUGUUUGCCGCAAGCUCUUCCACUUGAUCUAUUCACAACAAGACAUCGUGCGACAUCUGGCUAAGCAGACGGGCUGGCAGGACAUUCUGACCAAACUCUACAUCAAAGAAUCCUACGAGUCCAGGCCUCGGAGCUUGAGCAGCCCAAUGUAUGCUGGCGGAACCGUGAAUCCACUAAAGCGGAUGGGCAGCAGUAAGGAUUCAGAGUCUGGCCCCCCUGGCAUGAAAGAGAAUCCUGCGUCCUCUCCCGUGUUUCCCAUGAGCUUUGAGGCGUCUGACCUGGACUUCUCAGAAUGUUUCUCCGAUCACUCCAUUUCUCCAGCAGCCAAGGAGAAGCCUUUUCAUACCUAUAACUUCAAAUCCUUUGACUCCGCGGACCAAACUAGUUUCUCCUCCAAUAUCCUGGACCCCCCUGGAUCGGUAGAAACAAACUCCUCUGAUGGACCCCCAUAUGUGAAUGUCUACCAGCCGCUCUCGCCUUUCUCUAUGUCCCCCUUCGAUCUACGGCUUGACCUAGGUAGCGCCAGUUCUGCGACCACUUUUGAGAGCGGAAAUGAGACGCCGAUCAGUCAGCCGGGCACCCCUUCGCCGCUGGAGACCUUUAAGCCUUUCCCCGGCAUGCGGGCACGAAAGAGUUCCAGCCUGUCCAAUGUUUUGGAUGAGACCAGCUAUCAGGACACGUUGCCCAGUGACACCAUCUCAAACACCAGCAAUCCACAGCAGACACCGGAAGAGGAGCUGUGCAAUCUUCUUACGAAUAUCAUCUUCUCCGUCACGUGGCGGGGAGUGGAGGGUCAGGAGGACGCCGCGUGGAAAGAGCGUGGCCAGGUGUUCUCUGUCCUCACCAAGCUUGGCACUGCCUGCGAAUUAGUCAGACCCCCUGAUGAAAUAAAAAGGAGCCUUCUGGAGAUGAUGCUGGAAUCAGCAUUAACGGAUAUUAAAGAGUCCCCAUCGUCCACGUUACCCGGCCCCAUUCAGAACGUGCUGAAGCUGCUGCGGCUCCUCCAGGAUUUCCUCUUCUCUGAGGGCAUCAGUAAUGAGACUCUCUGGAGUGAGAAGAUCUUUGAAGGGGUCAGUAACCUGCUGGAUAAAUUGGGCGUUUGGCAUUACUUAGUAAACGGAACAUCGGACCUGAAGGAGAUGGCUCAGAUCGGCCUGCGGAUCAUCAUGGGAUUUAUCAAGUUAGAUGACCAGCAGAUGCACUCCUCAGCCUACGUCAAACUUCACAACCUUCUCCAGAGUACCAGCACUUUGAAGAAAGAAGAGGCCUGUUUCUUACUCGGGAAUCUUCAAGUGUCUCUGCUGAGUUCCAUCAGUGCCAAAACCGAGACCUUUUCCUGUCUAGUGCCCAUUAUCCGGACCCUCAUGGACCAGUGCUUUGAGUCCCUGCAGCUGCAGCAACAUCUGCCCUCUCUCCCCCCAACUAAUGGGAGCCCCACCUUCUAUGAAGACUUCCAGCAGUUCUGCUCCACGGAGGAGUGGACGCAUUUCAUAGACAAGCAGGUGAGGCCGACAAUGGACCAGUUUGAAAAGGAUACUUUUGCGAGGAGCCACGACCAGAUGUCGUCCUUCUGGAACUCCUGCUACGAUGCCCUAAUGAGCAGCUCGUUCAGAAGGGAGGCCGAGAAGGAGGAGAGCAGGAGCAGGUUUCAGGAGCUGGUUCUGGAGCCCACGCUGAAGAGGAUCCGGAGCGAGAACUUGCGCUACAACAAUAUCCUGAAGCAGAUACACAGCCACCACAACGCUGUCCUCAGGCAGUGGCGGUCCCUGCUGCGGCUGCUGACCUGCCCCCGGGGCGCCUGGGCUGACCAGACCCCUGUGUCAGUGAGGUGGAAGCUGUCCUGCGCUGAGACGUACUCCAGGAUGAGGCUGAAGCUGGUGCCUAAUUACGCUUUUGAUGCGCACAGUGACGCCAGCGCCCUCCGUGACAACCUGGGCACCGAUCACCGCCAGACGCUCGCCGACUCUCUACCGCUGGCUGUGGCGAAGGAAGCCAUCGUGAAUGAGCUGGAGGAUGACCAGCUGGACGAUGAGGAUCUGCAGAACAUCUCUCAUAUGGAGAUCAUAGAGCAGAACCAGAGGGAGAAGCUGGUCAUCUCGGAGGACUGCGAGCUGAUCACCAUCGUGGCCGUCAUCCCUGGCCGGCUGGAAGUGACCACACAACACAUUUACUUCUAUGACUUCAGCAGCGAGAAGGAGGAGACAGAGGAUGGUAUUGGCUACGACUUUAAGCGUCCGCUGUAUCAGCUCCUCGCUGUGCAUCUUCGCCGCUAUAAUCUCCGGAGGUCCGCUCUGGAAUUCUUCUUCAUUGACCAGGCAAAUUACUUCGUCAAUUUUAAGAAAAAGGUUAGGAAUAAUGUGUACUCCCGAAUACUGGGCUUACACCCACCCAACCAGCUUCAGUUCGGCAAUCAUUCUCCCCAGAAGCUACUGGAGGCCUCAAAUCUAACACAGCUAUGGGUGUGGAGAGAGAUUUCUAACUUCGAGUACCUUAUGCAGCUGAAUACGAUCGCUGGACGGACAUAUAACGACCUGUCACAGUAUCCGGUGUUUCCGUGGAUCCUACGGGAUUAUGUCUCCGAAACGCUGGACCUGACAAACCCCGAGGUGUUCCGGGACCUCUCCAAACCCAUUGGGGUGGUGAACGAGCGCCACGCACGGGAAGUGAAGGAGAAGUACGACAGCUUUGAAGACCCCACAGGGACGGUGGAAAAGUUCCAUUACGGGACUCACUACUCUAAUGCGGCCGGAGUGAUGCAUUACAUGAUCCGCGUGGAGCCGUUCACCACGUUACACAUCCAGCUGCAGAGCGGCAGGUUUGAUUGCUCGGACCGGCAGUUCCACUCCAUCCCGGCUGCCUGGCAGGCCCGCAUGGAGAACCCUGUGGAUGUGAAGGAGUUAAUACCGGAGUUUUUCUAUUUCCCGGAAUUCCUGGAGAACGGCAAUGGGUUCGAUCUUGGCUGUCUCCAGAUGACCAAUGGGAAAGUGGAUAAUGUUGUCUUACCAAGAUGGGCUUCGUCGCCGGAGGAUUUCAUCUACAAGCAUCGAAAGGCGCUGGAAUCGGAGUACGUCUCGGCCCAUCUUCACAAGUGGAUAGACCUGAUCUUCGGGUACAAGCAGAGAGGUGAAGCUGCCGUGGAAGCCCUGAACGUGUUUUAUUAUUGCACUUAUGAAGGCGUGGUCGAUCUGGACGCGGUCGCUGAUGAGACGGAGAGGAAGGCGCUGGAAGGGAUUAUCAGUAACUUUGGGCAGACACCCUGCCAGCUUCUCAAGGAACCUCACCCGGCACGUCUGUCAGCGGAGCACGCGGCCAGGAGACUCGCCCGGAUGGACACUUACUCCCCCAAUCUGUUUGAGAAGUUAUCAGAGCUGAAACCGUUCUUUGUGGAGGGAUUGGUGGAGGGGGUUCCUCUGGUACAGGCCAUCGUGCCCAAACAACAGGCCCAUACCUUCAUGACGCAGGGGUCUCCGGACAUUCUGGUCACAGUUAGUGCAGAUGGUCUCUUGGGAACGCAUGGCUGGCUGCCCUACGACAGGAACUUGUCCAACUACUUCAGCUUCACCAAAGACCCCACAAUCUCCAAUGCCACGACCAAGCGCUUCCUGUGUGGCCCCUUUGCCCUCGGGGCUGAGCUCUCUUCUAGGACUCUGUGCGUGUCUCACGAUGCAAAGUUACUGUUCAGUGGAGGCCACUGGGACAACAGCCUGCAGGUCACCUCACUGAGCAAGGGGAAGGUCGUCUGCCACAUCAGCAGGCACAUUGAUGUGGUGACGUGCCUGGCCCUGGACCUGUGUGGAAUAUACCUCAUUUCUGGCUCUCGUGACACCACGUGUAUGGUGUGGGAGGUUCUACAGCAGGGCGGCUUCUCCUGUGGAUUGUCUCCCAAACCCGUGCAGGUGUUGUACGGUCACAAUGAUGAGGUCACCUGUGUGGCAAUAAGCACUGAGCUGGACAUGGCAGUAUCUGGUUCUAAGGACGGGACGGUCAUCGUGCACACCAUCCGCCUGGGGCAGUUUAUGCGGUGCAUUAAGCCCACCUGUGACAGCUCCCUGCCGCUGACCAUCUCCCACCUGGUUGUCGGCCUGGAGGGGCAGAUCGUCUUCCAGAGCACCAUUGAGGGCCGGAGCUCUCUGAAGGAUAAGUUUGCUCUGCACCUGUACUCGGUGAACGGGAAGUGCCUGUCCUCCGUAUCGCUGGAUGAGCAGAUCUCCGCGCUCUGCAUCACCCAGCAGUUUGUGGUCCUUGGUACAGCGCAGUGUUCUCUGCAGAUCCGGGACCUCCGCAGCCUCAGCCUGGCCGUCAGUCCUCUGCCCAUGAAGGUUCCUGUCCAUUGUGUUUCUGUGACCAAAGAAAACAGCCACAUCCUGGUGGGCCUGGACGAUGGGAAGCUGAUCGUGGUGGGAGCUGGACAACCUCUAGAGGUGAAAUCAGGACAGUUCACAAGGAGACUUUGGGGUUCUACGCGGCGGAUAUCACAAGUGUCUUCUGGAGAAACAGAGUACAGGCCAACCGAGUCUCACUAAAGGGUGAAGUUUGGAUGGUGAUAGGACCACAAGUGCCUGCUGGGAACUCAGUCUCUAAUGGUCUCGUGGAAAGUGGUUGAAGAACCCAGUUGUUGGUCUUUGAUGAUUGGCACAUGGACCCGCCAACCCCCUAGGGUGGUCAAUGGGCUGUGGACUAUUGGGGCUCAAAACUUUCUGUAAGCAAUAAUUGUGGGGGGGUGAUCUAAGGGGACCAGAUCAAUAUAUGAAUGUGACAGACGCACCUUUUUUUCUUGAAAAACGUCAUUCACAGCGCAGACUUGUCGCCCUAGUGGAGAAGAGACAUUUGCUCCUUUCUGCCGGGUCCUGCAAAGUGGGUGACUGCAGUACUAGGAGAACUGGAAGGGUCAGGCUUCACCACCGCGGUUCCACCAACAGUUCUUCUACCUGUUAUGAGAAGGACAAUCGUUGGAGCUGUGGACCUAUGGACCGGCCAGUUUUAAAUAUUCCCUUUUUCUGCUUUUUAUUGACUUUUGUAGUUGAACACUGUAAGAUACGUCACUGGAUGUACUUUAUAUCAGCGGCUCCUUUACUUGCACUUCUUCCAAUUGCUCCGCAGAUAUGCGCAAUGUGAUUAUAGCGUUACUUUUCCCGUACAGUGCCGGUCACUGUCAUUCCGUCUCUUCCUGCCGAGCUCAGGCCAAUUCCCGCGCACUAAGGAGCUUUGUACAAUGGGCGCUGUUACCGAUGUUUUCUAUCGAUGCCUUUGUGUAGUUACUGAGAAUGAUUGAUUAGACGUCUUCAGAGAAACCAUUGCUGAUAUUUUUUAUGGUGGACACUGUGGAAUAAUUGUGUUAUUUGGGUUGUAAGGGAAGGGAGGGCGGCGCCAUGUGCUGCAGAGAACUGGGUGAUACUGUAUAGGGGUGGGGGUUCUAUAGGACUGUUUACGUCUCUUGCAUUGUUAGAGUUAGGGGGGACAGAUGUUAUGCAUUACUUAUUUGAGACCACUUUGGGGUAGAGAGAUUUAUUUGGGCACCCUCUGUCCACCAGGUUGUGGCUUCGAGGUUACCACCUUCGCCUUCUGCCCGUAUUAUUGAGGAUUCGUGAUCAGAGCUCCUGUUCCCCCAUGUGCACUAUAUAUUUGGGAUACUUGUUAUAUACCUAUUAUGUGAUGUUCCGACACCGCUCAUCCAUGCUGCUUAUUUGUACGCGCAGACAGAUCAGAUGACCAGUAAGGUAUUGAUCCUGUGUUUUUAUGGAAAUGUUUUGUAUAUAAAGCUGAUUUUUUUUUUUUACAUUCCAUUUUACCAAAUGACCCUCAUCUGUUUCCCCACAUUCCCGCGUUCCAGGCCGCUGGGGUCUCCAUCAUUGAAUUCCAUAUCCCUGCCCGCUAUGACCGAUCGCGGAUGUAUUUGUUGUCCUGUUUUCCUGCGGUAGCUGGACGUGACACCAUUCAUCAAAUCAGGGGACUGGCCGACGUUGUGCGAAAGAAACUAUUGUUGACAGAAAUCACAGAUAAUUCUGUAAAGUUAAACCCUAAACCACUGAAGCAAAAAGGGGGGGAGUUAUUUUACAAAAUGCAGUAUUGCAGUAAGACCGUUCACGUGUUGGAUAGUUCUUUGUGUUUAUCAUGAUUUGAUAUGUUAUUGAAAGGUGUCCUGCAAAGUCCUGCAGUUUGUGUCCUGCAUUGGCUGUGACUUAUCCCAACUUGCUGGAAUAUAAUGUGGAUCAGAUGUCAUUAGGAAUUGCUAUGUUCGGGUAUCGAGCCUAGAAAUACGGGUGGUUUUGUGGUUGCUCCCCAAGCCAUGGUCUGCAGUCGUGCCAUACAGCAAGCAGGCAGUGUACGCUUACGGAGGUGCGCUGCAGGGUGCCACGCACAGCUUAUUAAUAAGCCUGAUAAAGGGCGAUGGUUUUUCCUCUGUAUGGGCACAAGAAUGUAUUUUAUCCUCCGUGGCUCUUUACUAUAAAUGUAGUAUAAGGUGAGUGCUACUAGGCAGAUUUAUUAUGAUGAGUGAUUGUGCUUAUACUACUGAAUGGUGAGCCUUAGUCCACACACUGCGCGGUCACGGGUCAUCUGCGCUGUUACAGACCGCUGUCCUCCAGGGAGUAUGAUCGGACACUAGCGGCUGAUAAGUGUCCAAGCUGAAUGUGAGGUCACGGCUGUGAGCGGACGCAAUAAGGAACCCUGCCCCUGCGGUUCUACAUGCAGUGUUACAUUUCCUCUGUAUGAAGACGUUCUGGGACAUUGGGGGUUAUCCAGGGAAUAACCUGCAUUACAUUAAAUGAUUUAUAGCCUUUGUAUUUUAUUUCUAAUCAAUCCAAUGUGAUAUGUAAUCUGUAGCCAAGGCCGGGAUCGCAGGGAUUCUGCUCCAGGUACCUCUGCCCUUUCACCUUCCCUCUUACCCUCGGACGUGGCCUCUGCCCUUUCACCUUCCCUCUUACCCUCGGACGUGGCACUUUCCUCCACAGAUCAAGCACAAUUAUUAAUACCUAAAAAUCUUGCCUUAAAUUUGCAGCUGUUGGCUUUGUACGCUGACGCUGCCUUUCUGUAACGUGAUGACGAUGAUCAAUGUGUUUUAAAAAAAAGACUUUUCUACUGAAA